AUGGCAAUAAUAGUUUGUUUUAUGACAUGUCUUGAGAAUGAUGUUACAAUUGUUGUUAUUGCAGCUGCCAAUUGUAUCAAAAAUGCAAAUACAAGUAGUGGAACACGAAUGGACAAAAGCACAACUACUUUGAAUUAG